UCGAGUGUUUUUUUUCUCUCGCACCCGACUUGAUCAAUCUACUUUAGUCACUUCAAUCAUUGAAACAAAACCCAAAGUGCAUCUACCGAGACGCUGGAAGUUAGUUGAGUUAGACGGGGGAGAAAAAAAAGCACUCAGUUUGAUAAAAAAAAAACCCAACUUGGACGAGAUUCGUGGUGAAACUUCGACGUGAUAAUUUGUGUCCCUUCGGUGCAAUCACGGGAGCACGGGAACCGAAAAAAUCGAAAACAGUUCCAGCGCAACGGGCGAGAAACUAUUUUGACAGUGGACAAGUGCGAAGAGUGCGAUUUAGUGCGGUGCAACGGUCGUCGGGAGAAAAGCUUUUGUGCAAAGUUGAAUUGAAAGUUGCUUCGGGUGUUAUAGAUUGAAACAUGUUGGCCCUAUAACAAAGUAGAAAUUGUUCAUAAAAAAAAUCUAAAAACAGAUAAAAUUGAACGCGAUACGGUUUGGUUAUAACAACUUUACCAACUUUGAAGAAGGAAACACGCAUUCCUUAACAAUAUAUUAACUAAUCCGUCUAGUUCAUAUAAACUUUUUAUGAAUAAUUUGUACUUUAUUUUUGGAUAUUCAUAUAACCGCACACUUGACACUGUGGAGAUAGGAACGCCAGCGGCGGAGAGCCUUAAAACUAAAAGAACGAGUGCAACGCCUCCGAGCAAGACAUCCAAAAACUUAUUGCGGUGCAACUUGCGGCAUGAGCUCAACACCACGAGAGCGCGAUAGGUCACUGCACACAACUGAUGGACGGUCGGCAUGCAGUACCAUGAAUCUGCUGCACGCUCUAUCGGACGAUAGCGAAAUAGAUUGCCUCGAGGAGAACAUCGUUAUUGACGAAAUAACGGAAUUGGAACCGACAUCGAUGAUCCUGCGAUACUGCAAAGGAAAGUUCCUUCGACCGUACGUCUGCAUCCUGGGCUUGGUUGGACUUCGGCCAAACGCAGUCGACGUGGACCUCUGUACCAUGCUGGGUCACUUGCAGUCGAUCCUGGUGCUGAUGCUGUUGCUGGCCGGCUAUGUGCUGCAGUAUCUGUCCGGAUUUCGUCGUGACCGAGGAUUUUCCACAUUGGCUCCACCGCCUGCCGCCACCGGAGGAAUAAGUAUCAAUGAACACUCCAACCAGCUAUCAACGGCCAGCGGUGCCCCCACUGCAACCACAUCAAUUCCGACUAGCCUGGAUGUUGCAACCGUUACCACCGCUGCCGGUACAGUGGUGAAGACAAUGAUGCUCAAUACCAGUGAAAUGAUAUUCAUUUACAUCAUCCCUGCGCUGUUACAUCUCGGUGGGUUUGUGAUGGCAAUUUACAUUUACCGCUUCGCCGAUAACGAACAUUUGCAGUGUUUGAUAGAAAAGGUUUUCAUCCUGUGCAACGUUCCCCGCCGGUUAGUGGUGACAUUAUGGGCCUAUUUCGUCCUCGGAGCUCUCUGGCUGACUGGAUCCACGACGUACAUCUACCUGCUGACGUCAAACCAGCCGUACGUCAUCACCAACCUGCAGCCGACGGCCAGGUGGAAAUCGUGGGAUGAUCUGGACCCCACCGAACGAGACUAUUUUAGAACGCUCCUAUGUGUCGCUUUGUUCUUCCACGAUUUGGUCCAAGUGAUUAUCAUCAUCAGCUAUAGUCUCAUGUGUUACCUGCUACGCUGUUAUCUGGUAGGACUGAAGGAAAAACUGCUGUUGCACACCAUCGAACCACUCAAUUGGAUGCGGGAGAUUUGUGAAUUCCGCAAGCUGUUACAUCAUCUGAAUGCGAAAAUCUCGUUGCCCGUCGCCUGCCUAGCGCUGCUGAACCUGAGCUACACGAUGUCCAGCGUGGCCCAUCUAUUCCAGGACAUGAAUUCCUGUCCAAUUAGAGUGUUCAGCUACACCAUUGCCAACGUACUUCUGUGGCUGGUCAUCUCGUUGACGCCGUUCUUCCAAGCUGCAUCGCUGACGGUAUCCUGUCGACAAACGCAAACCUGUGGACACCUGAUCAGCAUCCGUCCGUUCGUCCACCGGAACACUUCGUCCGAGGAUUUGAACACCGUCCUGCUGUACGCCUCAUCGCUGAAUAUGUCGGCAAAGCUGUUCCGCAUGCCAAUCAGCGCCCACUAUCUGUGCUUCGUCGUGUUUGUCUGUAUCGUGGCACUACUCACGUUCGGGAUGUGCCUCAGUCUGGCAAUUGGCAACGGUGGAGUUUGAUACCCACCUACAUAUUCCGUACAUUCUCGCCCAGCAACCAACAUUCUGUAAUAUACGAAACGAAACGGAUGUGCCACCACAAGACAAGCUUCGAAAUGUGUGCUGUCAGUUAUUAUGGAACCAAUAUAAGACAGUCAUAUUGAGUCAGGGGCUGUGAAGAGACGAUUUCGAGCGCAAGAUUGUGGGAAUGCGCUAUUAAAUUCCCAACAUGGCAACGGAAAGUUUGAUUUUGUCUCCAAUCGAGAAAAUAUUCCAUUUUGGUAUACAAUAUUAUGUAGCGCGAAAGUGGUGGUUAAGAAGUAAUUUGAAAUCCGUAUGCAAAAUAACUCAAAUUUUAAAGUGUAUGUUCGUUGAAUUGAAAUAGUGAUAUAUUCGGUAGCUUGAAUAUUCUUCUACUACACCUAGAGGCAAAAAAUGUUUGAAAACAUUUACAUUUUAUAGGCAAAUACAAUGAAGUUGAAUUCAUUGGUUCGUGCUUGUAAGUCAUUUCUAUAUUUCUUUUUUUUUUCGAUAAUAAGAAAAUAAAUAAUCGUUCACCCAU